CAAACUGAUCUCGCCGCUCACUCGUCAGUCAGUCGUGCGUCGGAUUCAGAGAAUCAAACAACUGUACAUUUCUAGUAAUAAAAGCCAAAAAAUCAGAACAAUCAUGAGCACCAAUGAAAAUAACAGUGAAGUGGCCGUUGACAAGGUCGGGGACGAGAAGGCGGACGCGAAAAGUGAUCUAAAAGGAGCGAAAAGAGCAGCAGAGGAAAAAACGACAGAUGCGAAAAAGGCGCGAAAGGAAGAAAAUGGCGGCGGCGGGGAAGAUGAGCCACAUAGUGACGAAGAAGAUUUAGAAGGAGAGGGAGAAGGUGAAGAAGAUGACGAUGAGGACGUGGAGGGCGAAGAAGGCGACGAAGAUGAUGAGGAAAUAGGAGAGGGAGAGGACGAUCUCGAAGGCGAUGACGAGGAAGUAGAAGAAGAAAUAUUAGACGAAGAAGAUGAUGAGGAAGACGCGUAAUACGUCUUGUGCCUCUGUAAGGACAAUGUCACAGUGAAGUGUUGUGCUCGUGACGGCCCGGACUAGCGGCCUCGCGUCGCCUCAACUGCAGCAGCCCCAACCCUCGACACAAUCACAGCAGUUGGGAACACGCGAGGCCGACCACGCUCCCACCUAAAACGGGUGCAGUUUUAUUUAAAUGACAAAUGUAAUUAAUUAAGUCUAAUCCAAUGCAGAUUUUCAAUUUUUUACAAUGUUUAAGUUUGGUACCGAAGCCGUAUCUUUAUUUUUGCUCGCGUUGACGAGUUUGUAAUUAAGAAUUAGUAGAAUGCUGUUGAAUUUUUUCAUAAAAUGUACAAAUCUGUUUUCGGAAGUAAACUUAUUCUAAGUGAAACCCGCUCUGUAUUCUAGGUUUACCUACAUAUAUGAAUCUGUCUAAUGGUAAAGUUGUGAUAUUUUUCUAUGCAAUAGUUCUAUCCGUUUGUAAUAAAAUAGAAAUAAGCCUGUGUGGCAGAACUAAUGUAGUAAUAAGCGAUUAAGUCACAAAGCUCAAUUCUUCAUUUUCUUGUUGUUGAUGAGAGUUUGUGUGUACAUAUUUAGCGUAAGUGAAGCCUGUGAUUUUUAUGAUCAGAUGUAACAUAGUGUGGUUGUUUCAUUCGACAUAAUAUACAUUUCAGAAAAUUCACCCCACACUUCGUCUUGUGUGUUCUGUAUGGCCAAUUCCUUGUGCGACUUUAACGCCCCUAGGCCGUGAGAUAGUGAUAUUGGAUGAAUGAAUUUUAAUAAAUUAAGAGAUUUACGAUGUAUGAUGCUCGCUCAGGUGCUUUCGAGCUGCACAAGGAAUUGUUAUCCAGCAGUUGCAACGCUUUGACGAAUCGAGUCACUUAAAUAUUUUGAUAGACAAACAUCACAAUUUUGCCAUUAUCUCGCACUUCGCGCGCCAGCCACCCGCUCUGACCGACCGAUAAAGAGUGCGGCGGGCGCCGUGAUAGUGAAUAUACAAAACCGGCCUGUAAUCUAUGUCCAUAAUUGUUAAUUAGGAUAGUCCUCAGUUCGGUAUUCCAGUGUUUCACGAUUCGAAAUAAGAGAUUCCUAGGUUAAAGUGAUUUAGUAUUUAGGAUGUACGUCAUUUUUUAUGAGGACGCGAUAGGGCCGCGGGCGCGGGGAGGCGAUGCGCGUCAUCCCCCCUCCGCGCGACGCAGCCGGCGUGGCCUCGUUCGAUUUGCCGCGCGGCGUGGCUCCCUCCCCGCGUGCCCAAGCUACCGGCCGGCCCUGUACCAAGGCACGCCAACGCGUUCCCUCGUGUGGAAAAUUACCCGGACGAGCAUACAUUGCCGGUCGGCAGUGUGCAGGUUGAGCGGCAAUGUAUGCGCGCGCCCUGCGCGGCUGGCGUCCGGCAACCUAGACGCCGCUAGUAACAAGAGUGUUUUUGAUACCAACUUGUCGAAACUGUUUUCACUCCGAUCAGUCUUUCGCGGGUGCCGGCGGGACGAAACGCCUACGAUUCGACCGUACGUUGUUCAACACCACAUUCCUGGCCCCCGCGGGAGACCACGAGAUGUUUUUAGGAAAGCAUUUAGUUAGAGGAUUGUUCCAUUGGCGAUCGUAAACCAAAGGGAAUGUACGAUUAGAUAAAAUUGACAUGAAAUCAAUAAAAUUAACUUAUGAGUAAAUCCUAUCGUCCCGCCUUUUCAUUUUGUGGUAAGAAAGUAUGAGCUGACGCAUAUUGUGUACUAUGUACGACUUAUGUGAAUACCUUAGUACGAUUUUAUUUAUUUGUGAUGUUGAACACUAUUGAUUUUCUACAAUGGACGAAAUGUAAAUACAACCGAUUUUAAGUAAAAACGUUAUUUUGUU